AUGUCCCGCGCGUCAAAGGUUUUCUUCACGACCGCCGUCGGGUUUAUGGGCGCCACGAUUUGGGGCGUGCACUGGCUGCAGCAGCGCGAGUCUGAUGCAAUGUAUCUCGGCGUGAUCCGGGACGAGGAGCGAGUACGGGAGAAGGCGUUGAAGAAGGUCCAGCAGCCCGCGGUGGUGCUCGACGACGAGUGCGCGACGUGCGUCAUCUCGCCCCCGCCGCAGUUGCUCGAGGCGCAGAGCGCGGAGCAGCGCGCACGCGAGAGGCAGGCGCGGCUCGACGAGUACGAGGCGCAGAAGGGGCUCGCGAGGAGACUUGUCAAGGAGCAGGGCGGGCCUGCGGUGCCCGGCGUGGCUGGCGCCGCUGGCGAGCGGCUCGUUUGA